AGAGUGAAAGAAAGGCAUGGCCAGUGUGGGCUUUGUAACGUCCAUAGGAACGCUUUAGGGGUCCACUUCCAACACGUUCUUCUUCUGUCCGUCUUCCACCCACUGGCUCCCCAAUCCAAUUGAUCCAUCAUUACCAAAUUCCACCUUCAUUACACUUCUCUAGUCUCAAUUCUCACUGGAGCUGACGCAAUCUCUCUUCUUCGGCGGUAGAACUCACACUGUGAUCUGUGAUCACUUUUUUCCUAGGCCGGGGUUCCCCAAUGCUCCUCGCCAACGAAAACAUCUGGAUCGAUCCACUUCGCUCUCCACAGUUUAAGAUUCGCGUUCAUCACUCUUUUGAUUAGCGCGUUUUUUUUUUCAAUGUCUGAGAUCCUCCAAAUCGGUCUUCUAGCCUUCGUUUUCCUCCUCGCAAACUUCUUCCAUUGCCACUCAACCUCUCCACCACUCAAUUGCUCCGACACCGCUCGGAUCUGCACCUCUUUUCUCGCUUUCAAAGCCGCCCCCAACGUAACCCUUCCUCUGGUGCAGAGCAUGUUCGACGUUUUCCCCGAAGAUGUAACCUCAGACGAGAGCAGUAGUCCUGACUACCUUUUCAUCCGGAAGAACUGCUCCUGCCUUUACGACAAGAAGUAUCUCGCCAACACCACAUUUACCAUGAGAGGGCGAGAGGGGUUAGUGAGCGCGGCGGUCGCCAGAGCCUACGACGGGCUCGCUGUACUUCCUAAUUCGACGAGGAGGGCGCGUAUGGGGGCAGUGAUCUCACUGCACCUCUUUUGUGGGUGCUCGAGCGGGCUGUGGAACUACUUGAUGAGCUAUGUGAUGGAGGUGGGGGAUUCGAUUGAGACGCUCUCGAGUAGGUUUGGGGUUAGCAUGGAUGACAUCGAGACGGUAAAUGAGAUGGACGGUCCUAAUGGCGGAGUCGUCGGUGGUGUUUAUUAUAUUCCUCUUAAUUCAGUUCCGGGGCAGCCUUAUUUUGGCAAGGACAUUUCUCCAACCGCUCAUCCAACUCCUGCUCCAACCAGUUUGAUGGUAUCAGAAAAUCCAGGGGAUCACUCAACCAAAAAUUCCUAUCUGUGGAUUAUUGGAAGCGUGGGAGUUGCUGUUUUAAUUAUUGGCGCUGCCCUACUUUUGUGUGUUUCACUCAAAUUCUGUAAUUUGCGGCCUCGAAACAGUCAUAGAAAAUCUCCAGAUCAACCAAUCUCAAAUAAAUUUCAGACUCUCAAGAGCAGCAGCUUUUGUUAUGCCUCAAGAAGAUUUCUUUGCUUUAAAUCUGAAAAUUUCAAGCACUCAACUCAGGAUUCUGGCGAUCAUCUUGUCGAUAUUCCUAAUGGCAUCACGGCUGAUGCAUUUGAUUUGGAGAGACCAAUAAUUUUUACAUAUGAAGGAAUUCUUCUGGGAACUGAUUCCUUUUCUGAUUCAAAUUUAUUGGGUCAUGGGACUUAUGGCUCUGUAUAUUAUGGAUUUCUUCGUGAUCAGGAGGUUGCUAUCAAAAGAAUGACUGCUACCAAAACAAAGGAAUUUAUAGCAGAGAUAAAGGUUCUAUGCAAGGUUCACCAUUCCAGCUUGGUAGAAUUGAUUGGUUAUGCAGCCAGUACUGACGAGCUCUUUCUUGUGUAUGAGUAUGCUCAAAAGGGUUCGCUCAAAAAUCAUUUGCAUGAUCCACAAUGCAAAGCAGUUCAUACAUCAUUAUCUUGGAUCACGAGGAUCCAAAUUGCCCUAGAUGCUGCUAGAGGUCUCGAAUACAUCCAUGAGCAUACAAAGAAUCACUAUGUUCAUAGAGACAUAAAGACAAGCAACAUUUUACUUGAUAGUGCCUUCAGGGCUAAGAUCUCUGAUUUUGGGCUUGCAAAGCUUCUUGUUCGAACUAGUGAUAGGGAGGCUUCUACCACAAAAGUUGUUGGAACUUUUGGUUACUUGGCACCUGAGUACUUGCAUGAUGGCCUAGCUACAUCCAAAAGUGAUGUUUAUGCCUUUGGUGUGGUUCUUUUCGAACUGAUAUCAGGUAGGGAGGCAAUAAGCAAGACAGAAGGAACGUCUACAGGAAAAUCUCAAAGGCGCUCUUUGGCGUCAAUUAUGCUUGCAGCUCUGAAGAAAGCUCCAAGUUCAACUAGCAUGGCAAGCUUGAAAGCAUACAUUGAUCCUAGUUUGAAGGAUUUAUAUCCGCACGAUUGUGUUUAUAAGAUGGCUGUGUUGGCGAAGGAAUGUGUGGAUGAAGACCCUAUUCUGCGUCCAGACAUGAAGCAAGAUUGAUGAUGGGCAUGUUGAAAAGAAAAAGAUGAAGCUAUCUCUACAAGCCCUUCGUGAUGCUUGCUGUGUUGGUAUACUUUGGAGAACUUAACAAGGGAAGGCAUGCUGGCUUCUUGGUUCAUUAACAAGUAAAUCUCUUUCUAGAAACCUUACAAAAAAGUAUACUUUGAUAUUAUCAUUUUUUACAAAAACAAUAGUAAGGUUUCUAUGGAAUAAUUUUAUUUCGCACAAAAAAUUUGCCCUGCGUUACUCUUAUUCAUGGCUCAUGGUAUUACAAGGAAUAUUGUUGUGUACGCUCAAUGUAUUUUCUGUAAUUCGAACAAUGAAACCCCAAAUCACCUCUUCUUAUU